AUGGCGGAUAACGAUGCAACCACGGAGGAAACUCCAAUCACUUUUACUAUCAAAUCCUCAACCGAUGCGAAGUUCACGCUUUCUCUACCGUUGUCUACACUCGUCUCGAAGCUUAAGGAGAAGCUCGCAAGCUCUGACUAUGCUGACACCCCUGCUGAGCGCCAGCGGUUGAUCUACUCCGGGCGAGUCAUGAAAGAUAGCGAUACCUUGGAAGCUUACAAGAUCAAGGAUGGACAUACUAUCCACUUGGUGAAAAGCGCUGCAAGUAAUCAACAACAUUCUGCCACUGGUGCGCCAUCUAACCCCGCGGCGUCGGGGCCUAACAAUCCAGCCACAACCCAGCCGGCCGCUGCCGCUGGCGUUCCAACGAAUCUGGCUGCUGGAACUGGCAACAAUCCUCUUGCUGGUCUUACAGGUGCUCGUUACGCGGGUUUCGCGCAGCUCCCUGGAGCUGGUCUUUUCGGACCUGACGGUGGGAUGGGCCCUCCUCCUGACUCUGAAGCAAUGUUGAGCAUGCUCGAAAAUCCUCAAAUUCAGUCGCAAAUCAAUGAGGCGCUUCAAAACCCAGCUAUGAUCGACUUGAUGAUUCAACAAAACCCAAUGCUCCGUGAUAUGGGCCCUAUGGCACGUGAAUUGAUGCAGCGACCAGCAUUCCGUCAAAUGCUGACUGAUCCUGCAUCCAUACGCCAGAUGAUGCAGAUGCAGCGGGCAAUGGGGAUGGGUGGUGGUGGUGGUCUGGGUGGUGGCGAGAGCGCCUUCCCGGCUCCAGGUGUUACUAAUACCACCGAGGGUACCCAAAACAAUCAGCAACAGAACACUCCGCCAAACCCUUUUGGCCAGAUGCCGAACCCAAUGAUGGGAGGCAACCCAUUCGCUGCUUUGUUUGGUGGACAAGGCCUCCGCCAGCCUCCUACUACUGGAGAAAAUCCCUCCGAAACUGCUACCGGCAAUAGAGGUGAUUCAGCUCAGUCAACGACGUCCGCAAGUGGGACAUCAGACCCUGCUGCGGGAUCGGCUCAAAAUCCAUUUGCUUCGCUGCUCAACCCGGCUUUGUUUGGCAAUGCUGGUCAGGGUGGAAUUAACCCUUUCGACCCGCAGCAGAAUCCCUUUCUGCGUGAUCCCGCUCUCAUGAGUCAAAUGAUGCAGGGAAUGGGAGGGCAAGGCGCUGGAGAGGGUGCUGCAGGCGCAAAUCCGCUUGCUGCAUUGCUUCAGGGAGGCGCUGGCUUCGGCACUUCACAGCCACCUGACAACAGACCUCCAGAGGAAAGGUACGCCGAUCAACUUCGUCAGCUGAAUGAUAUGGGUUUUUUCGAAUUUGAGCGUAACAUUGAGGCGCUCCGUCGGUCUGGCGGUAGCGUUCAGGGUGCCGUGGAAUACCUUCUCAGCAACCAUUCCUAG